AUGGUUGCGCUCUCACUUUUCUGGUCUGCUCUUGAAGUGCUAGGAGCGUCUAGUGCUCUGUACCAGCGGUUGGCAAAUUCCAUACAUUCGGAUGCGCAUAUCCAGCGGAUCCUGGCAGGAUUCUCAGUGAACACUGUGCUUCGCUAUUUGUCGGCAUGGUCUCAUUUCUUGGUGAAUCUUGAAGGGCUCGGGUAUACGCUUGAGCUUCUCGACGGGGUAGUCAUGGCUGAUAUUCUGGUUACAAUGACUCUUGAGAAGCACGGUGAUCCGACGCUUGGAGCGGGUACGCAUAUGACUAUAAAAGCUCUGCGGUGGCUAUGCAGGAUUGGCCAAGCUGAGUUUCUUCGUUGCGCUUAUGAUAAAGUCAUUGAUUCAUUUCUGAAGACAAAGAUUCCAUCGGAGCGUCGGGAGAGCUUCCCGCUACCGCUAUUCGUUAUCCAACUUUGGGAGAGACGGAUCCUUAUGCGGCAGUCCAGCAUUCAAGAAAUCAUAGUGCUAGGCAUUCUGUCGCGAGGCACGCACACCUGGAUGAGUAAAUAUUUGCACGCGCUUGACAAGCUGGCAUAUCGGCACCAGCAGGAGUUUCCCGAGGCAGACGCCCCAUCUUUUAUGUUACCAGCUCUGGACUCGGACGGUUUCGCCCUGCCUCUGGAGCCAAUGUGUUACGCUCAGGCUUUGAAGCUGCUUAGGCACUACAUUACAAUGCCAUGGUCGUCAUCGCCCCCAGAGGUUCCGGAGUUGAAUUUCACGAUACACAGCUUGAAAGCCACUUUGCUCUCCAUGGGUCUUCAAAUAGAUGCCUACGAGUUCGAGCCCUUUCUGUGGUUCAAUUUCCUGCUUGAUGCAUCGGGCGGCUCCUUGCAGGGCAGUGAUCAGUCUUGGGAGUUUCCGGAGCUGCCUGCUUCUUCGGAUUCAGGGCCAGAGCCCGAUCAAACAACUGGGUAUCAAUCAGAUCCUGGUAGCUCGGAGGAUGAGGAUGAAGAACAGUGUGACGACACGGUUGAGUCGUUGGGCACUGCUGAAGAGUUUCUCCUCGGCUCCACAACCGGUAUUCUGCACCUGCUAUCGCCAUGCUCUGAGGGUGACAGCAUCUUCGUUCAGGGACAGUACGUGCGUGCGAUUUGUGGUGCCCCACUUUGCUCUGCUGCCCUGACCUCUGAGGGGCUCCCCGAGGACGUCAUUCAAGUUGCCAUCGAUGGUGGGUGGACGGCCUCGGCUUUCAAGAAUUCAGUUGAGACCCAAACGGAGUUGGAAGCCAUCCUGGAUGAAAUUUUUCCGGCGGUUUGGGCCAGCAUACAAGCACCAGCAGCAUCAAUUUCUCCCUCGACGACGGUCGCAUCCUCGGCUGCUGACGGGAGCUGGGUUGAAAGCUUUGCUCCAAAGAUGUCAUCAUCAAAGUUGUCUGAGCUGAAGCAGCAGUUUCUCAGAUCCUAUCCGAGUGAGAUUCUUACGCCAUCAACACUGCCAUCAUUGCGGUUGUUAUCAUUGGCAGCUCACCAGGAAGCUAAACGUGAGUACAAGUGGAUACCAUGGAAGCUUCGCAUGUCAGAUGAGAGGGCCUCCGAGUUGCUCAUCUCCCGCCCAGCCAAACAGCCCCGGUUGGAAAUGUUAGGAUUGUCCAGUCUCAUUCUGGACGAACCACCAUCCAUCGAGAUUAGUGACGGCACCAUGGGGGUUAGCGGUGUGCAACGGAUCCUUGCCGUGCAUGAUACGGCCCUGGCUAUGGUUGGCUCAGCCCAUCUUGCACGCCUCAAAGCGUAUAGCUCUAAGUUUGUGCAUCUGCUGUCACAGCGCUUUGAUCCCGCAUCCGGCCUUCGGCCACCUAGCAUAUCGGAGGCUCAGCAGGCCGACUGUAGGAUGUGGCAGUGUAUUUAUGCGUUGGUCAGUGACAAAGGAUGGACACUGAACGAUGCGCUCCAUGAGUAUACGGAGGUCAGAGGUGAGUUGAGUACUCUGUUGCAGGCUCGCCCCAAACCCGCGCAGGUGAAAGGUUUGGAAACCAAGGGUAAGGGCAAGUUGGGUAAGCUGAUGGCCACUGCAUUUGCUUCAGGCGGAGGCAAGAAUACAGGCAAGGGUAAGGGUAAGGAGAAAGGUCCAGGGGCUGGUAAAGGCAGGGAUGCAAAUGCGCCCGGUCGCCACAUCAGCUUUGUGAAGGAGAUCCAGGUGGGAUCUGAGCGCAAGGGAUUGUGUGUGCAGUGGCAAAUGGGUCGCUGCUCGCGGGGUUCGGGGUGUCCCUGGAUCCAUGCCUGUGCCUACCCGCGUCAGGACGGGAGCGCCUGUGGGAGUAAGAGCCACACGGCUCUGCAACAUGAACAAACUCCGCACUGA